CACUUUUGCCAACUCCCGUGGCGACGUUCACCACAAAAUCUGCUUGGGAUUAGCCUUCCCCGCCAGACUCUUCUCUUCCUCCUAACAUCUCCUGCUCCAUGUACUGCCCUUAAUACGUUGCGUGCACGUCCUCCCGUUUCUUCUUCCCUUUUGGCAAUCCACAUUCUUUUGCUGGUUUAUAAGCUCCCUCGUAUCAAGAAACUUCUGGGGAUUUGCCUUUCCGGUUUCGGGCUUUUCGGAAGGGUGUGUUGAUGGAUCCGGCUGAGCUUCGUCGUGUCUUCCAGAUGUUUGACAGGAAUGGCGACGGCCGGAUCACAAGAAAGGAACUGAGUGACUCGUUGCAGAACCUGGGCAUCCACAUCUCGGACAAGGAUCUGGCCCAGAUGAUCGAGAAGAUCGACGUGAACGGCGAUGGGUACGUGGACAUUGAUGAGUUCGGCGCGUUGUACCAGACGAUCAUGGAUGAGAGGGACGAGGAGGAGGACAUGAAGGAGGCGUUCAACGUGUUCGACCAGAAUGGGGACGGGUUCAUCACGGUGGAGGAGCUGCGGUCGGUCUUGGCGUCGUUGGGGUUGAAGCAAGGGAGGACCUUGGAGGAUUGCAAGAAGAUGAUAAACAAGGUGGAUGUGGAUGGAGAUGGGAUGGUCAACUACAUGGAGUUCAAGCAGAUGAUGAAGGGCGGUGGUUUUGCUGCUUUAGGGUCGUCUUGAUACUCUAAAAACAUUGUUUUCUUAGAGUCUAUAUUGUUUUUGCAUGUAUAAAGAAUGGAAACGUCUCGUGUUUUAAAUUCCAAACACUCUACAUCUGUAACACAUUUUUAAGGUUGUUCAUGGCGAAACCGGGAGUUUCGUCCAUCCGCGUUGUGCACCUUCUUACCAUCCGUGUGAUAGCUUUUCGCUGGCUGCA